AUGGCGGGUUUGCUGAAGAAGAUCACGGGUCUUGUGAGGUUGGAUGUGUCCGACAGUCCACAUGAGCGCCUAAGAAUAUUGCAUGCAAAGAUUCUUGAAAUUCUUCAGCAAAUGCCUAAAAAUGCAGCAUAUAGAAAAUAUACAGAGCAGAUAACAAAGGAGAGGCUGGGUAUGGUGAAAGCGGAAUCAGAUGUUAAGAAAUUAGAAGACCAACUUCAGGGUGAUCAAAUAGAAGAGGUGAUUCUUCAGGAAGAAAAUGAACUAGUAGGUCUGGCGAGAAAAAUGAUUAAAUGGAAACCAGGGAAGCCAUUAGUGGAAGCCCCCCCUGCCAAUCAGUGGAAAUGGCCCAUAUAA